GUAGAAAAUUAAUCAUUUUGAAAUCAUCAUAUAGGAAAUAUUAUGUUUUGAAGAAGCUGGAAGACCGCAAUUACGAGUCCUAACGAGUGAGUCGCAUCUUGCACCCAGAAUAGUAGUAGCUCCUCAAUGGACUAUGGACCAUGGUCAAUCUUCGAUUGUCCACGUAAAGUUUUUUUCCACCUAAAUAGUAAAUGGCUAUACAAGUGGCGCAUUAAUGCUACCCGGUGUAUCCCUACUGAGUGGCGGUGUUCUUGUGCCUUGUGUGCAGGGGCUUUUGCGCACUCCGGCAGAUGACAAAAAAGAAAAAAGGUCAAGGUCUAACACCUGCAAGCCAGUCAAACAUUCAGGUUGCGGACCCACGUAUGAAGAUUGUCCCAUUAAUGCCAACGACGAGCGACGGUGGUCGUCAAAAUUCAGGUUGAUCAUGGACUAAAAAGCGACAGCACAUAUCAUCGCGCCCGUGAGCAAGCGACGGCAGCUCCUGUUAUAUAUCAUGGCCGGUCUGCGGUUUGAAUCACUUCGCCGACUCUGGCAGCGACAUCCCGAAAUCCUGGUUGGAUUCUGUUUGGGGAUCACGUGUGGGAUUUAUCAUUGCAUGGACAAUCUCACCACCGGAUCGCCUGUGCCAUGUCACACGCCGACCAAUGGCAAGGAAUCCGGCUUGCCGAAAGCGCUACACUCUGUUGAUGAUGAUUACGAUCCCGUUAUACUUUAUUCAGAGAUGAAAUCCUCUCCGGAAGUUCAGCCGGCAUACAUCCCAGCCCGACCGCGCUAUUAUUCAUCUGAGCUGGGAAUUCAUGAACCGCUUUUCGUGGCUAUUAGUAGCAGUGUGUCUACUCUAUCUUCUCUAGGAAUAGCGUUGAACCAAACAUCCGCGGCAUAUUUGCCGCGGCUAAGCUUUUUUAUCAACACUGCUUCGGAACCCCAGCUGCAGUCGUAUCAGAACUUAUCCAUGCAUGUUGUACAGAUUUCGGACGCCGGAGUUAGGGUCAAACCUUUGUCGAUUGUUCAAUUUCUCAUCAAUAAUCAGUAUAUCGACAAUUAUGAUUGGUUUUUUAUUGUGCCGGAUUCAACGUACAUUCGAGCGAAAAAACUGAUGGAGUAUGUGCGGAAGACGAGCGCCGGACAUGAUAAUUAUAUUGGCGAAAUGGCAAAAAAGGAUUCGCCAUCGUUUUGUCUGUUCGAAUCUGGAGUGCUUUUGAGUCAGAGCGUCAUGAAACGAAUUUCAGAAACACUGCCGUCUUGUAUGGAAGACGCGGAUAGUGACCCAACGGCUGCAGUUGGCAAAUGCGUGGAAAAGGCCACAAAUCUUCAUUGUAAUGACAAUUAUGGUCAGGCUUUCUCCGGCUACCGCAUAAACGAAAAGCAAUCUUUGGCCGAUCAAGAUAAUACCGCGCAGCUAAUCGAAUCAUCUGAACCUAUCCGUUCCGCGGUGACUGUUUAUCCACUGACUGCACCCGAACACUUUUUCCGGCUGCAUUUGGAAUUGAACCGCAACGAAAUAUCCGAACUGACCAGCGUAAUCGAAGAUCUCCAGGAUGAUAUUGUCAAACAGAGCCCGAGCACACCCAGCCAGGGCCGUGAUCUUCAGUGGCCGAUUGGUAGCAACCAUCCGUCGUUGGCGAAAAAUCGUUUCGAUUUGGUGGAAUGGACGUAUUUCAAUUCCACACACCUUUUUCGACCCGAUGACUUCCAAGUAACAGAAAAACUAUGUGGAGCAAAUGUAAAAGACAUUGAGCAGCUUACUGCAGAUUUGGCUAAGAAAAUGGAGGAGAUGCAUUCUCAUGAAAAUAUUAAAUUCGUGAAGUUGUUACAUGGCUACAGAAAAUUUGAUCCCACUCGUGGCAUGGAAUAUCUACUGGAUUUGAUCUUCCAGGCUGAAGGUGACGACACCGGCUCUGAAGGGAAAAUUAUUAAAAAGCGUAUUCGAAUGCUUAAAGCACUAGGGAAGAUGGAAGUUGUCGGGAUGCCAUUCGUUACCGAAGCAACCCGUGUGCAUGUCGUGUUACCGGUCAAUCCAGCAGAAGUUAAUGCGUCCCUUAUUUUUCUGGAGCGUUUUUCUCGCCAUUUGCUGGAAGAGCAAGAAAAUGUUUUUCUCAUGAUGGUUUUUAUUUACGGUCCAAACGAUCCCGGAAAAGGCGAUCCCAACGAUGCUUUUCUGGUUGUUAAACAAGAAGCCAAGCAAAUUGAAAAGCGAUUCAACAAGUUACUGGGCACACGUUUAGGCUGGGUCAGUAUUCGUAAUCCUUUGAAAGCUCCUCCGUCCGAUUUCGCUGUAAUGGAUUUGGUCUCCAAGAAAUUUUCGAAGGAUUCCAUAAUUUUGCGGACCAGUUUCCAAGCACUGUUGAAUGGAGAAUUCCUUAACCGGGUACGACUAUCCACCAUUGCCGGCACUCAGGUGUAUUUCCCAAUACCAGUUGCACAAUACAAUGAAAAUUUUAUUCCCAAGAAUAUGCGAUCGUUUUCGGAAACAUUUGACGUGAAACGCCAGGUGGGAUACUUCGAUAAAGAUUCAACGGAAACUGCUGCUUUUUAUAUUAUGGAUUACACCAGUGCACGAAAGGGUGUACUUGAUGCAUGGCCUCUUAUCCUUGCCGAUCGAGACCUGGGAAAAGAAUCUCCACGACCUUACCGAGAAGGUCUGGCUUACAAUUUGUUUACGUUGUUUAUCGGAAGUGAUCUACAUGUUUUUCGAGGCAUAGAGCCUAUGCUUAAGAUCAAAUUCUCCAUCAAGGACUGUGAUACUCACGCAUUACAUGCAAAUCAGCAUGAAUAUGACAUUUGCGUAAAACGACAGCAUGAAAGCCUAGCGGGAAAGCAGCAGCUAGCAUUGUCUGUGCUGACAGAUGUUUGAAUGUAGAAUACAAACCAAAAUACUGAGCAAAUAUUUUGUUGGAUAAAAGCAAAUGUUCUAAAAUGGAGCUUAAACUCCCACUUCUGUUUCAUCGGAUUUUGUUGAAAAGGUCACGUGUUAUACGUAAUUCCC